AUGGAUCAAUCGAUGAGCGAAUUAGAUAUAAAGGAUUCAGAAUUUGGAUAUGUACACGCUGUUUCUGGGCCAGGUAUAUUUUUUGUAAAAUUUUGCUUUUUAUUGUUUCAGUUUGCACUCAGAGACCGGGUAUGUCUUGUGACCAUAUAAAAUUAUUAAAUUACUACUUAGCUUGCUGGCUUUAAUACAGUAUUUAUAAUUCAUCCCAAUAUAGUUGUUACAGCGGAUUAUAUGAGUGGUUCUGCAAUGUAUGAAUUGGUAAGUUCUGAUAAGAUCUCUGUAUCUGACUUUGGACUGUUCCAAUAUAUUAUAGUAUGAUUUGUCAUUGAUUUAUAUAUAGAGAUAGCAAUCAUGCGAAUAUCGUAUAUGUCAUUUCACAAUAUCAGUAAGAUUUAAUAUAGUACUUCAUAUUGUGAUAUGGGAACUCAUCAAUCAGUAAGAAUACAUAUAUAUCAGAAAUUAUUUUUUGUAAAUAUUAAUUAUUAAUUGACCUAAAGUAUGUGAAAGAAUUCAGUUAUGAGGUUUGUAAAAGUUUCAAGAGGGCCCCCUAUACCUCUUCACAAUAUGCUUUCACGUAAAAAUAUUUUGCCUUUUCACGAGUCACGGAUUAAGAAAAUCAUCGAUCACGUUUCACGGCUAAGUAAAAUAAGCACUUCACGCAAAAAGUAUAGGGGGCCUGAUCCCGUUUCACGGCUAAGUAAAACAAGCCCUUCACGCAAAAAGUAUAGGGGGCCCUCUUUCAAUUAUGUCACUGAUUUGGCCUAUAAUAUCCCAUUUACACAUUGCAGAUUAAUCCAAUAAGCUACAUUGUUAUUUUACUUUGUACUCUGUUAUUUUACUCUGUCUUGCUUUGACGUUCUCAUGAUUCUGUUGUUCUUAUGCUUUUGUUGUUCUUAGUUGCUACAAUGCAAGAUAAAGUGCAAGCAUAAUUAAGCAACAACAUAAGCAUAGGGAAAACAACAUUUUGAUAUUCUUAUGUUUAUGCUUAUGUUGCAUUGUAGUGAGACAAUACAUAAGAAAUCAAUAUGUUUGAUCCCUCUAAGGCUUGUGCAUAUGUCAUCAUAAACAUUUUAUUGGCAUAUGAUUGCAAAAAUUUUCCAUUUCUUAUAAAAAUGAGGCUUCCCUAGACAAGAGUAAAAGAAUAAGGUAGGGUGCAUUCAGGCACAUUGGGGUAAGAAAAGAUACUGUAUGGCCCUUAGAUACUAUUGCAGUAUCUAAAUAAUCUAAUUGGUCUGCAGGACAUUGUGCUAAAAUCAGCCAUUAAUAGUUUGACAUUUUUUGCAGCAAUAGGCAUAGUAAUGUAGUUUCAUUCAUGAAUUCUUCAAUACAAAAACCAAGACACAGUUUUUCAGGCAGGAGGAAGCAUAGAUCUGCAGCUUUGGUGAUAAUGACACAUUUUACAGAAUCUCAAAUAAUAUUCAUGCAAAUUGAUACCGUCACAAUAUACUUUCAACUUGUAAAACUGUAAAGCUAAAUUGGAGCCUGGGCAUGUCAGGUCAACAGACACAAGCAGGAAAGAGGAGAAAUGCUAGAGCUAUCUAUGAUAUUAGUACUGAACUAUGGCACCUAACUUGCAAUUCAUCUAACCUCAUGGCUCAUGCACUGUAAUUGUGAGCAAAUUCACAGCCCCCGGGAAUGGUAUUCCCAGCAAAUGCCCAGUAGUGUCCGGGCAGGGGGAUGGUUGCUCAUGGAAUUGACUCAUGCUUUCACAGAAUUGACUCAUGCAUUCACAUUCUACAAAGAUAUGCAACAUUUCUCAGAAUGACCCAAAUAAAUUGGGGGGGGUAUCACUUUAAGAUAAACAAUAUCAUUAAUUCUUCUGCAUUUAAAAAGAUGUUUGUGCAUAGCCUUUUCUCAUAUUUUAGUACUUCAUACUUACUUCAAAUAUAUGCAACUUAUUAUUCUUUUCUCAUUGACACUUAUUAGGUGCGUGUUGGGCACAGUCAACUUGUUGGAGAAAUAAUCAGAUUGGAAGGAGACUUCGCAACUAUUCAAGUUUAUGAAGAAACCUGUAUCUGCCUUUAAUGAUAUAUGUGUUGCAACAAUCUCUAAAUUUGUAGUACUAUACAGUACUAGGGAACAUGGGAUACCGAAAAACAUAAAUAUCAGGAUUUUGGGCAUCUCACUCAAUAAAACUAAUUGUUGAAGGGAUUUGUAGGUGGAAAUUUCAAGUGGACUUUUUAUACAUUUAUUAAACCUAACCAUGAGCAGUUGUGAAAAAUACAACUAUCAGAAUGCCACAUUUUAGAAUUUUUAUUGUGUCAAUUGUAAACAACUCUUUUUUAUAUCAUUUUUCUAAUUCUAGUGUUUUGUACACUAGCUCAUAUAUAUAGUACAAUAGCAUUUCAUGAGGUGUGCCAAAUUUGUGUCUUGCAGCUUAUUUGAAUUCAGAAAUGCCCAAAAAGUUAUCCAAUGGUCUUUAACCCUUUAAUUGGCAAUGUGCCCCACUUUAUUAUUUUACUCAGUCUAAUGCCAGACAAUUUUAUUUGUCAGGGGGAGAGGGCUGCCACUCAAUGAGUUAAUCAGACUAUCUGUCCAUGCACCCUGUUAACCCUUUAAGUGGCAAUGCACCCUACAUUAUUAUUUCACUCCAGAUAGAUGUCAUUAGCCAGACGAUUUUACUCGUCAGGGGGAGAGUGCUACCACUCAAUGGGUCAAUUCACUAUAUCUUUCAACAUUUGCCCUCGUGUGGUUCACAUGACCAGCUAACCUUUACCGAAAGACAUGAUGUGGCCCUGAACAAUUGCAACAACGUUUUGCUAAAUUUUCUUAACCAUGUACACAGCUGGUGUUUCUGUUGGAGAUCCUGUUUUGCGAACUGGAAAACCUUUAUCUGUUGAACUUGGUCCUGGUAAGAUAUCAUAUGCAAUACUGUCACUGGAAUGACUGGAUACUGUGUUUUACAUUACUGUAUACGGUUCAGGACACCAAAAAUCACUAUUUGAUUUCCAAGCAUGGAAUAGUUGAUUGAAAACAAGACUAUAAUGUAUUGCUAUUUUUUUAUUUUGUACCGAUAUCUAUAGUGUUUUCUCCUUUAGUUGUGCAUGUGUAUGGCAUCACUCUAAUAAUAGAAACACCAAAUGAACACAGCCAGAAAGAACUACCUCACUAUAACUACAGUCUACAAAUCAUUAUACCCACGACUUAGACUUAGUUAAAGUUUUUUCAUACCAAACACAUUUUAUGUCCUUGGGUAACAUACAUGAUUGUAUAGUAUGACUUUUCAAGUCUUUGUAUACCUAGUUUAUCUGUUCUGCAUGCCUAGCUCUUUCUGGGCUUCUGUUAUAAAUGUUGUUACAUACAGUAGAUUAUUGUGCACUUGACAUUUAUGCAUAAAUUAUGAAACAUUUAAUGCAUUUUUUCCCGUUCCAGGUAUUUUAGGCAGUAUUUUUGAUGGUAUUCAACGACCUUUGAAGGCUAGUAUUAACAUGAUUUAAUUAAUUUACAAAUAAAACCUAUUAUGCAAAAUUAAUUUAUUUUAUGGUUGUGAAUAUGGUUGUGCAGUUCAUCUGCUAAAUGCAAUAUUUUGGGAUGGAAAACCAUGCUGUUGUUCGUACUGCCAAAUUGUCUGGAUGUACCCUGCGAGCAAAGUCCUCUCGUAUUUCUUCUCGGCACGGCACGGAGAAGCAAGAGAGAUUCUGCAGAACUUGUGUAUAAGUUCAUUUGAGCAUGCGCGAAGGUUGCUAAGCAACUGCCUAUUUCCCAGAAAAAUAUCUAAUAAGUAGUUUCCAGUUCAGAUCAAAACCGGUUAUAAAACCAGUAUCAAACAUGAAAUUACACAUAAUUAUCCAAGUUUUUGGAUUGUCGGCUCCACAAAGAAUAAACACAAGUUCUGCAGAGUCUCUCUCGCUUCUCUGUGCUGUGCCGAGAAGGAAUACGAGAGGACUUUGUUUGCAGGGUAGUCUGGAUGUAUCUCUGUCGUUGUUUAUAUGCUGUGUGCAAAUCAGUCUUUACUGAAUGUAGAGAUACACAGACACUUCUGCAAUUAUAUCGGUCACCUUGACAUGUUCACAACAGUUGCAACUAAAUGGAAACCGAAUAUUGGAGAGCGUAGAGGAAAGAACUUGGAUACGAGGUUGACCAGAACAGCCGCAAAAAAUGGACUUUGUUGUUCAAUUGGUUAGAGCGCCCCUAUAUCAUCACAACAUCAUCACUAUAAAAUAUAGUAUUAAUUUCUAUAGUUGAAGGGUCUUGUAUAGAUGGAAAUUAUCGAGUGGAAAUUUAUAUACAUUUAUUAGAUUUAACCAGGAUCAGCUAUAUGUCCCUGUCAGGCAGUGCUCUAACCAACUGAGCUACAGAGGCCAAUUAAUUGUCGAGCUCUAACCACAUGUUCAUGUAUUUUCACUAUAUAUGGUACUACCAUGUUAGGUUACCUACCCAUAACCUAACAUGGCAGUACCAUAUAUACAUACAUGAACCUGUGGUUAGAGCUCGAUAACUGACCUCUGUAGCUCAGUUGGUUAGAGUGCUGCGCUGGAAUCGCAGGAACGCAGGUUUGAUUCCUGCCAGGGACAUACCUGUAUAGUUGCAUUUUUCGCAGCUGUUCCUGGUUAGGUAUAAUAAAUGUAUAUAAAUUUCCACUCGAUAAUUUCCAUCUACAGUACAAGGCUCUUCAACUAUUAUUCAAUAGGGGUGCAUUGGAACUCGGUUCCGGCCGGCCGGAACCAGAACUCUGUCGUUUUCAGAGAGAUAGAAUAUCAAACGUUUUUGUGUCUAAUAAAAGUUCAUAGUAGGAAGAAAUUUGGACUACGCAAGGGAAAUGUACACUGUAAAUAUCAUAUAUAUGCUGUAAAUAUCUAUCGUGUUAAAAUAAAUGCUAUUAUUAUUAUUAUUAACACUUCAUUAUGACUUUUAACGUUUGUCAAUCUUUUUAUUCUAACAUUUGCGAGCUCUCUCCUUGAUGACUUGAAGUGUCUGCCUGUCUGGCAGCGGACAAAGUAACAUAUGACUAUAUAUGGCUUAAUAAAUCAGUUCCGGUUCCGGCCGGAACUUCAGGCCAGAACUUUUUUCCAGUUCCGGUUGGAUCCGGUUCCGGCCGGAACUUUAAAAAUUGGUUCCGGUGCACCCCUGUUAUUCAAUCGAGUGAGAUGCCAAUCUCGUUCCCCGAGCCUGCGAUCCUCGGGAAGGAACGCGAGGCUCUGGGAUAAUUCGUUGCCGGAAGCCAGGAAUCCUGGCUAAGAUUGAACUACGCAUUCCAUUUCAAUGGCCAGUCAGAUUCCUCCCUGAAACGGAUUAUACCAGAGCCUCGCGUUCCUUCCCGGGGAUCGCAGGCUCGGGGAACGAGAUUGGUGAGAUGCCAACAAAAUCUUGUUACUAAUUUCUAAAAUAUUGCUCUUUUAUAGGAUAUUAACGAAUUAACAGAAAGCAUAUAUAUUCCACGGGGUGUAAACAUAAACAGUUUAAGUCGAACUGCGCUGUGGGAUUUUGAACCAACAUCGUUUAAGGUAUUUUAAUAUUAAGUUAUAUAGCAUUUUUUGUGAAUAGAAUCUGUCAUGCGUUUAUAUAGUGUCUAAACUGGCCUCGUUAUCAUGGUGACAUUUCAAGUACUGUAAUGCCAAGUUACCAACUCUAUACAACUACCUGACAAAUACAGGGAUAGCGUCCGAAAAAGCAAAAUAAAAGUGCCGUAAAGUGGUAUUUAAGAUCAUGUAACAUGGGCUAUGAACGGGGUGAACCAAACGAUGGCUCAGGUUAUAUAGGAAGAGCAAUAUCUUGGUUUAUCCCAUCUGCUAUCCUAAUUAUCCUUUGAUGUCUAUGAGGACGCAUAAGUUUGCGUUCCGAUUUGAUCACUUGUAGAAAUUCCAGUUUGUGACACUCACUGCGAAAACGAUGAAUAUUAUUAUUAUUUUAAGACAUUGAUCCCCUUCGGGGCUAGUGCAUGUAAUUACUUUCGGAAUUGUACAGUACUCUUUCUUGGUAUUUUUUCAUUACAGUUCAAAAGUCGAACUUUUCAUGUGCCAAAUUUAAUCCAAAUGAGCUCAAACAAUGAGUUUAGGUCAUUUACAUUGUACAUGAUAAAGGCGACAUUUGAGCUAGCCUUCAUUCUCCUUGCAAAUUGGUGCAAUACUACUUUUCCUGUCUUUUCGUUUUCUCUAAUGAUUUGUUGUCUAUACGAAGGUUGGAGAUCAUAUUACUGGUGGAGAUAUUUAUGGCGUGGUUCAUGAGAAUUCCUUACUUAAACAUUACAUCAUGCUUCAUCCAAAAGACAGGGGGACCAUAACGUUCAUCGCAUCACCUGGAAGUUAUACGCUUAAUGUAAGUUUAAGAUAUACACUGUCGGGUAAAUAAAUAACAGUAUAUAGUGGUAUAAUUUAACUUUGUUGUUGUAUCUGAUUGUAUAUAUCUGUAAUGAGAGUAGUCAGAGAAAAUGACCUGAUAUCUGUAUAUACUGUAGAUUACCGUAUAGACGUGUUUUGGUGUAGGUGUAGAUUACUCAACCCUAGAAGCUUCCGCAGCUACAGUGUACCCACAGAAUGUCACCACGGAUUUCUGCUUGCCCGAAUUUUCAGGAUUUUAGCAAUUUUAAAUUAACAAAUACUGAGAUCAGAUCGUGGACCCCUCGCCUCGCCGGAAGGUUGUUUGGAUGCAGGUGUAAGAAUCGCUUUGAGCUUCUGUUGUGUAUUGAAUGUAGGAUGUCGUUCUAAAAACUGAAUUUGAUGGAGAAGAAAAGGAACACACAAUGUUACAGGUUUGUGACGGUUUAUUUCAUACUUCAUAAAAAUGCCAGCAAUUUGGGAUAUCCAGUGUUUCAAAAUUUGAAAAUAUAGGCACAAACGUGUUAUCAGUAUCAGCUUUUAAGAUCUACUGUAUUUUUUAAUUUUGAGAUAUGGCCAGUACGUCAGAUGCGACCAGUUGUUGAAAAGCUAGCUGCGAAUUAUCCUUUACUAACUGGUCAACGUGUUCUCGAUUCACUUUUCCCGUAAGUAGUAUGGGUUUUCUUCCCAGAUUUCAUCGUUAAUGAAGUAGUUGGAGUGCUUAUAAUGUAAUGGAGGUAAGGGUUGACUAGAGCUGUGCGCCGGAGUACCGGAGCCGGAGCUCCGGCCCAUUUUGCCGAAGCCGGAAAACUCCGGCAGACAAAAUUAUGAAAAAUUGUUUCAUAUUUCAAUGAACUUUUGGUAAUGGAAAAAUUAAGUUGAAUGAUUUGAAGUUACUGUAAAGUUUAAUUACUGUACUUGCUCCGAUCCGAUUCGUGGCUUCGAAAAUUCUGCAAGCGCAUUGCUAUCGCUUUUUAUACAAAAAUCCGCGGACCCCGAUGUAUUUUGGGCGAAAAUACCACGAUGCCAUGCGGUUUUACUUUCUACAAAACAUUGUUUAAACAAGCACGGAAGCACGUAUGUUUGAUAAGUAAAGGAGAAAGCUCAAAAAGGAAUAAAAUAAAUUCUGAAAUUACACUGAAAUACUUUCGCCUGCUUCUACUUUUAAAUAUGAAAUUUUCUUAAAAUUUCCUUGCCGGAGCCGGAGUUUUGACUGCCAGAGCCGGAGCUAAAAUAACCGGAGUUUGCACAGCUAUGGGGUUGAACGUGGCGGAGGUAUGUUUGCAUCGAUGUAAUUCUGCUUUAAUUAAUUUAAUUAUGCUGACCGAAAAGAUCAUUUAUGGGCACAUCGUCGGUCAUUGCCUGUGUUACUGUAUAGCAAACGCUAUUACCCCAAAUGAAUACGCUUCGCCAGUCUGGGGGCGGGGAUCCCUAAAUAUCUCGAAACAGAAAUUGAACGCGCGUUCAACAAAGACGCCUGAGAAUCCUAGGACUGGAGAAAGAUCUAGUCUAUCCACACUAAAAGAAAGAAGGAAAAAGGCAACAUGCAACGAGCUGAAAAGAAUCGUGGAAGUCCCAAACAAUCCAUGUAACCGUUAUCUAGGCAUCAGAAAUAAUCAAACUUACAAAUUGAGGAGGACUAGAGACAGUUUUCCAAGACGAUCCUCAAAAACACACAGACAUAGUACGUCUUUUAUUCCAAGGGCGUGUACAUUAUCAAAUUCAUGAAUGAUAUGAUUUUUACUGCAUUAUAUUGUAUUUAAAUAGUUUUUCAACUUUAAAUUUUUUACACCUUUCAUUAGGUUUACAUGUAUAUGUAUUUAUAUAUUUUUACAUUGUAAAUCCAUUGUAUUUCUAUGCUAAAGAUGGAUAUUGAUUAAAAUUCAAUUCACUAUACACCCUGCCAGAAAGUACCUCACCUUAACUAUAUAGCCUCGUUUGUGUGAUUGAGAUAUUAGGCUUUAACUAAUGUCACAUAUAGUACAUGAAAACGAGGCUCUAUAACCAAAGUAACGUCCUUUCUGGAAGGGUGUACUGUAUAUUGCUUAAUUAUAUGGUUCCCACAUCUAAUCCAUAUUACAUCUUAAUCCGUAUUAAGAUGUUUUAUUUUUUGUUUAGAUGUGUCCAAGGUGGUACCACAGCCAUCCCGGGCGCGUUCGGUUGUGGAAAAACUGUCAUUUCUCAAUCCUUAUCUAAAUACUCAAACUCUGAUGUCAUUGUUUACGUUGGAUGUGGCGAGAGAGGAAACGAAAUGUCUGAAGUACUUCGAGAUUUCCCUGAGGUAAAUGACUUGUGUGUUCAAGGUACUGCCGAGUAUAGUAUAAUUUGUCCUAUACCAAUGAAAAAUCGUCAAUCCAAGGAAUGUUUCUCUUACGCAUAUAUAAUUGUGAUACUGUAUGUUCAUUACUGUUUUUUGGCAAUUAGCCAUUCCAAAGUUGAUGAGUGGACUGGGGACAAGUGUUAAAAAGUGCCCAAAUUAAGAAAUGAACUAAAUCAAUAAAAAGACCAUCUCAAAAUUAGUAAGUAUACAAAGUUUGAAGACGUUUACAUGAAUACCCUUCGAAUAAUAAGCUUACGAAAAUUAUGAAAUUACUGAUUAAAAGAUUGUUUUUGGGACGCGCGUCCCAAAAACAAGAAUUGUAAUACAUUUCAUAGUAAACAUCGGAUUUUCGAAAGCUUAUUAUUCGAAGGAUAUUCAUGUGAACGUCUUCAAACUUUGUAUACUUACAAAUUUUGAGGUGGUCUUUUUAGUGAUUUAGUUCAUUACUUAAUUUGGGCACUUUUUAACACUCGUCCCCAGUCCAUUCAUCAACUUCGGAAUGGCUAAUACGUGUAUCUAUCUUGUUGCAUAUGGAUGUAAUUUCCAAAGCCUUAAGGCUGGUUUACAUUAUUAAAGUAAUAAAGUUUUGUGAUCACAAUAAGAAUUUUUGCAUACUAGGUAAAUUCUAAGUCUUGAAGGAUUUUUAAGAAAUGUUUGAGGGAACUGACACUGAAUCAGUUCCCUAAAACAUUUCUUACAAAUCCUUCGAAACUUAGAAUUUAGCUGCGAAAGUGUAAACUAGCCUUUAUGCCUUGUUUUGUAUAGUGUGGCCUUUGGUUGAUUUUCUUAUCCACCUCACAUUUUUCAUACCAUACCUUUGUCCUAGCCAUAAAAGUAAUCGUUUACAUGCAGUAUUUUAGCGCAAUACAGGGAAGAAAACGUUCACUAUAAACUUUCGCACUUUAUACGAAAUUCAAUUUACUAAAGCAUUCAAAGUAACAAAUUCCUUAGGGUAGCUUGUCGUUUGCUCAGCAUACUAUUAAUAGUCACUUAAUAAUAAUAAUUAUAUAGCUUACUGUCGAAAUUGGCGGAGUUGUUGAAUCUAUCAUGAAAAGAACAACCUUGGUUGCAAACACUUCAAACAUGCCUGUGGCAGCUCGUGAAGCCUCGAUUUACACUGGUCAGUAUUAAAUUAAAGUAACUUUUCCCAUCGGUACAAAUGUUGUUUACGUUGACCUUUACGCCCUUGACAUAGGUCCUUUAUCAUUCCUGACUUUUACAAUUUUACUCGAGAGACCCUUUAAAUUUAAUAUGUUGGAAGAAAUAUUUCUGCAUUGCAGGUGUUAUACUCUGUUACUUAUGGGAUUCUUCUUAGCCGAAAAUGCAAAAUAUUAGAUCAAGGCUUCUUUUAAAAAGACAUAUAGCAAAAACAAUUUACACUAUAAAUAAUAUUUUUAUCCUACAUAUAGCUAUGUAUCAUUCUUAUCUUUGAGUUUAUUCGUGUAUUCAAUUGCAUGUUUUUAGGCAUCACACUUGCCGAAUAUUUCAGGGAUAUGGGUUAUAAUGUGAGCAUGAUGGCAGAUUCAACAUCUCGGUGGGCAGAAGCAUUGCGUGAAAUUUCUGGCCGUUUGGCUGAAAUGCCUGCAGGUUUGAAACAUUUUCUUGAUUUAUAUUUCCCCCAUAUCCAGUUGGCUACUUUCAUGGUAAUCCUAAAAUCUGAGUUACUGUAGUCUUAUAAUUUACUCGAUUGUUUUCAUAUAAUAGUAUCUUAUCUUUACAGAUAGCGGAUACCCAGCAUAUCUUGGAGCACGUCUUGCGUCAUUCUAUGAGCGAGCAGGGAGAGUAAAGUGUGUUGGCAAUCCUGAGAGGGAAGGAAGUGUGACAAUUGUAGGCGCCGUGUCACCACCUGGUGGAGAUUUCUCAGAUCCUGUUACCUCGGCAACCCUUGGGAUUGUCCAGGUUUGCAUCAACCCUCCCCUAGCUAGCUCCCUCCCCCGUCGCUCUUCGUUCAUUCUUCAGACAUGUGUUCGCAUUUCCAUUUCCUGAUAACAAAAUUGUCUUUUCUUCUUUCGUAAAGGUUUUCUGGGGUUUAGAUAAGAAAUUAGCUCAAAGGAAACAUUUCCCAUCAAUCAAUUGGCUGAUCAGUUACAGCAAAUAUUUACGAGCCUUAGAUGACUUCUAUGAGAAAAAUUAUCCAGAAUUUAUUGCGUUGCGUGCGAAGGUAUGUCAACUCAUUGAAAACUUUUUUUUAAAUAUUGUACAGUAAGUCUGCUACUGUAUACCUAUUUUUUUGGUUGAAAACGAUUUGUUUUGUUAUAUUAUUUCACGUGUGAGAUCUUACGUCAUUAGAGACCUUACGAUUUUAGGACGGCAACGCGACGACAACGGCCAAAACAAACUCCUUCAAAUCAAUGGUGGUAAAGAUAAAUUGUCGCAUAUUAUCAAUCGUAUGAAUUUAAUACAAUCUUAGAAUUUGAAGACAUGGCUGCAUAUACUGAACCCAGUUUGAAGUUGCACAUGUUGCUGGCUUGAAAUGCAGCCGUUGUAUCAAGACGUGAAAAUCUGUGAUUUGGCGUUGUAAACAGAGCAAGGACAAUGUCUAAAUUAUUCAUAUUGAUCACGCCGUCGCGUUGCCGUCCUAAAUCGUGAGGUCUCUAUUAAACACGAUAACGCGCCCAAUUCAGCAGCCCCAUAAAAUUUUAAAAUAUAUUAUGAUGAUGAUGAUGAUGAUGAUGAUGAUGAUGAUAUGAUGAUGAUGAUGAUGAUAAACUUUAUUUAACCACGCUAACAUUGUCAGCAGAAGCUGGUUUCCACAAUGGGCGUGUAAAAAACAUUAACAAAUUGUUACAAGUAAAAUAAUAAAGAAAUAUUAACAUGCAGAAUAUAAAAUACAUAUAUACAAAAAGUUUGCUAUUUACAAUGAUGUGGUUUUCUUUAUAAGCUAUAGGUAGCGAUUUUUCUUUUAAAACUUGAGAGCGAAUUACUUUCUAUUAUAUUUUUUGGAAGAGAGUUCCAUAUGGAAGCUCCAUCAUACAUGAAACUCGAGCUCUUUUUCAUAUUGUUUGUAUUUCGCUUGGGCAAACGUGUGGUACUUGAGCUGUUACGAAGACUGCGAUUUAAUAUUUCUUUUUUGAAAGGAAACAAUUCUUUAUGACAACUUGGCCCCAUGUUAUUGGGCGUUUUAAACAUUAUUUUUGCCUUUGCUUUCUCUCUUUGUUCCUUGAGUGGUUCCCAUCCUAAUAUAUUUAGCAUGGGGAUGUUAGCAGGCUGUGGAACUGGCGCUACAUGCCAUUACCCAGCAUUGAAUGAUUCGCUAAGACGAGGCUAGAAAACCGUUCAUGUUAUAAAUGGCCAUUGUACAAUGAUCCCUAUCCAUCUCAAUUUUCUAAGUUAUUUUUUCCCUCUUACACAGGUUAAAGAAAUACUUCAAGAGGAAGAAGACUUGUCGGAAAUCGUUCAACUUGUCGGAAAGGUUUGUAAUUACACAUUUAUUCAUAUAUGUGUCUUUUACUUCAUUGCACCACAUUUAUAUUUCACAGACGGACAUGUGGCAGAGUUACCGUAUUUACUUCUGUAAUUUUUAGUGUUACGAAUGCGGCGCUUAUUUGAAGGCGGCGCUUGUUCUAGGGCGGCACUCUUUAUAAAAUAUUUUAUUUGUUAGCGAUAACAAGAAAUAUUAGCAACAAAAUAUAACAUAAAAACACUGAAAUGCUGGGGGAAAGAGUUCCAAGGUGCAAUGACGUACCCAGGGCGUUUCCCUUCCGCGGUUGGACGUCACGAACAAUUUUCAGACGGUGCUUCGAUUAAGCGCCGCGUUGUUGUGAAUAAGUGCGACGCUUAUUCGAAUUUCGAGGGCGGCGCUCUUUAAUAAUUUUGCUCUCGUAUGCUGCGCUUAAUCGGGGGCGGCGCUUAAAAUACGGUAACAUAAUAUGAUGAUGCAGCUUUCGCCAUUUAUAACGAUCUUUUACAUAAUACUUAUAUAUAUACAGCAGGGGCAUAUUUAACUGAAAAUAAUAUUUUGGACAGGAUUUAUUGCCAGUAAAACAAAAUAUUUUCUUGGUGCUUAAUCCGUCAUAUAAAGGUUUCAAUUGACAUUUAGUCAAUUAUUUUUAAGCAGUUAUAUUUUCUGUAAAUUUUAGAUAUUCGACAGUAAUCUGUAGUCAGUUCAUAAAAAUCUAUUUUAUAGGGUUCGCUUGCAGAAUCUGACAAAAUAACACUAGAAGUUGCCAAGUUGAUCAAAGACGACUUCCUUCAACAAAAUGGCUACACUCUAUACGAUCGAUUUUGCCCGUUUUAUAAGACUGUUGGUAUGCUGAGUAAUAUAAUUGCUUUCUACGAGAUGGCCCGACAUUCCGUCGAAGUAACCGCUCACGCCGAUAACAAGGUCACUUGGAGUAUAAUCAAGGAAAAUAUGGGAGAAAUUUUAUAUGCACUAAGUAGUAUGAAAUUCAAGGUGAGUGUUUACUCACUUGUAAACGUGCGGGUUUUAAAGUACUGCUGAUUCAAUACUAAUUUAUGGAACUGCAUUUUAGGAUCCAGCAAAAGACGGAGAGCCGAAAAUCAAGUCUGAUUUUAAUGAGUUAUUUGACCAAAUGCAACAAGCAUUUCGAUCACUGGAGGACUAA